UUGGAAGCCGCCGGGUGUCGCGCGGCCGGGCAGGGUGGGGGGCGCGCGGGCCGGCUGGAUCUAUCGCGUCCGCGCGCGACGAGGCCGCAGCCCUCCUCCUCCGCCGGGGCCGUCGUGGUGAUUCGGCCCGGGAGGGGCGCGGCAGCCCCCGUCGCCCUCCGCCGGAGCCUCGGACAAUGAGUCCCUCGACGUUCGGAUUCAUGGAAAUAUGCAUUUCUUUAAUACUGUCUUGGAAUUAAUGAAGUGGAAGUACAGGUCAAAGCAGUUUGAAGAAAUUUGGAAGUACAGUCUAGCCCGCCCUUUCUCCAAGGAGUCGGGAAACUGCAGUUGGAGUAGCAGCAAUUAUUGAAUCCUCACUACUGCUGGCCACAAAAUCCCCACCUGGGCUUCACGGAACCAACCCAGCUUAAAAUUUGUCAAGCAGUAGGGCCAGCCACUGACAGCGACAGUGCACAGGAAGGAUUAAGAUUGAACAAUGACUCGGUUGAAAAUUUACAUCAGAUUAUUGGGUGCCUAUCUGCUCAUCGUCCUUCAUGUUCGAGGGCAGGACUUAGACAGCAUGCUUCAUGGCCCAGGAGCCAAGCCAGACCCUGACCAAAAGAAACCAGAAAAUGGAGUAACCUUAGCCCCAGAGGACACCCUACCCUUCUUAAAGUGCCACUGUUCAGGACACUGCCCGGACGAUGCUAUUAAUAACACGUGCAUAACUAAUGGGCACUGCUUUGCCAUUAUAGAAGAAGACGAUCAGGGAGAAACCACGUUAGCUUCAGGUUGUAUGAAGUAUGAAGGUUCUGAUUUUCAAUGUAAGGAUUCACCAAAAGCCCAAUUCCGGAGGACAAUUGAAUGCUGCCGGACAAAUUUAUGUAACCAGUAUUUACAGCCAACACUACCCCCUGUUAUUAUAGGUCCAUUUUUUGAUGGCAGUGUUCGUUGGCUGGCUGUCCUUGUUUCUAUGGCGGUCUGCAUAAUUGCUAUGAUCAUCUUCUUCAGCUGCUUUUGUUACAAGCAUUACUGCAAGAGGAUAGCAAGCCGACGGCGGUACAAUCGCGAUCUGGAACAGGAUGAAGCAUUCAUUCCCGUAGGGGAGUCGUUGAAAGAUCUUAUCGAUCAGUCACAGAGUUCUGGCAGUGGAUCUGGGCUCCCUCUCCUGGUCCAGCGAACUAUUGCCAAACAGAUUCAGAUGGUGCGGCAGGUUGGAAAAGGCCGCUAUGGAGAGGUGUGGAUGGGUAAAUGGCGAGGGGAAAAAGUGGCAGUCAAAGUCUUCUUCACCACCGAGGAAGCCAGCUGGUUCCGGGAAACCGAGAUCUAUCAGACCGUCCUGAUGCGUCAUGAAAAUAUACUUGGUUUUAUAGCCGCCGAUAUUAAAGGCACAGGCUCGUGGACUCAGCUCUAUCUGAUUACCGAUUACCAUGAGAACGGCUCUUUAUAUGACUUCCUCAAGUGUGCCACCCUGGACAACAGGGCCCUCCUCAAGCUGGCUUACUCGGCAGCCUGCGGCCUGUGCCACCUCCACACGGAAAUCUACGGCACCCAAGGGAAGCCCGCCAUCGCUCACCGGGAUCUCAAGAGUAAAAAUAUCCUGAUCAAGAAGAACGGAAGCUGCUGUAUUGCCGACCUGGGCCUGGCUGUGAAAUUUAACAGUGACACAAAUGAAGUGGAUGUCCCCUUGAAUACCAGAGUGGGAACGAAGCGCUAUAUGGCCCCAGAAGUGCUAGACGAAAGCCUGAACAAAAACCAUUUUCAGCCGUACAUCAUGGCUGACAUCUACAGCUUUGGCCUGAUCAUUUGGGAAAUGGCCCGGCGCUGUAUCACAGGAGGUAUAGUGGAAGAUUACCAACUGCCAUACUACAACAUGGUGCCGAACGACCCGUCUUACGAGGAUAUGCGCGAGGUGGUGUGUGUCAAGCGUUUGCGCCCAGUGGUGUCUAACAGAUGGAACAGCGAUGAAUGCCUCCGAGCAAUACUGAAGCUAAUGUCCGAAUGCUGGGCCCACAACCCCGCUUCUAGGUUGACCGCUUUGAGAAUUAAGAAGACACUCGCCAAGAUGGUUGAAUCCCAAGAUGUCAAGAUUUGACAACAGAGUCCCACGGAAGGGCCACCCGCAUUAGACACCCGGGGUGUCGUCGCCCAGGCGACGGGGGGUUGGAGGUGGGACGACGAGAAGCCCACCUGGUUUUUUGCAGACCCUUCCCUCACCGCAUCUUUAAAGGCUGCUAAUAUUCACCCAUUUGGUACUCUAUAGAAUAUGAUGCUGGGAACUUUUGGUCACUCCAUGCUCCAUUUGUGGACAGCUUUGUCUGAAGUAGGUUUCCUUUUUUGGGGGUGGGGCGCGGGGUGGGGGAGGUUAUGAGUGGAAUCGAGGCUUCAGUCGCUGCAACUCUGGGUACUAAAUUGCGUGUUUGGAUAAUGGUGCUUUCUGUGAAAGCCUAUAGAAGAUAAAUGAUUUCAGCAGAGAUGGAGAACUACAAACUUCUGCCUUCUACCCGAUAAAACGUAGUGCACAUGUACUAUGCCUUUGGGAAACAGCUUUAGAUAAUGAAUCUGUUUUGAAACACUACUCAUCUUUCCCUUUUUCCUUUAAGCAAUGCAUUGUUUUUCAAUAUUGUGCAGAUUUAUUUGUGUGUGUGUGUGUGUGUGUGUGUGUGUGUGUGCCUGCGUGUGCGCCAGGAUUUCUCUGCUGCCAUUUAUGCCAGAUGAGAAACUGUUUAUAAAUGCACAAGAAGAUUUGGGAUUUGUUUCUAUCGCAAUAUCCGGCUAGGACCGGCCGGUCACGUGAAGCCAUGUAACUUGCAGGAGAAAUAUGCUUUCCCCACUGACCUCACUGCUAUCAUUGUUUGAACAAGUCAAGUUGCCAUCAGUUGAAGGCCAAGAGAAGUUAAAGUGGUUUCUCACACGCUCUGUCUUGGAUCGAAGUCCAGUCAUCUUGUGUGCAAGGGGCAGGAGAAGCGUGUUCUCUGACAUUAGAAACACCCGAUGGCAGGGUCCUGCUGAAGACGGAACGUAUCCCUGGAGUGACAAAGCCUAUUUGAAAGCAGUUUAAAGUGCCUAUAACUUUGUUUGGUAAACCUCAUUCUUGAUCACUUUGAAAGGGAAAGUUGUAUAUUGUGCAUAAUGUGCUGUAUUUGCAGAAUGCCUGUCUCCACAUCAUUGACGUACAGGUGUGUAUACACAUAGAUGCGGUUAUGUGAUUGUAUUAUAUAGUGUGUGUAUACACAUAGAUGCGUGUGUGUACACACACACAUACACACACUCGUACCACAGUCACUACUCAUUGUACUUCCUGGCCCAGACUUCCAGAAAAAAACCCGUAGAGGAUUAAAAGAUACAGUGUCUUAAGAGUUACGCCAGAUUUUCAGAAUUAAAACUAGGAUGAAGCCGAUGAAUAGAUCAGCUCUAGGACUCUGUUCUGUUCAGAAGUACACGUGAGCAGCAACUACUUGCAACAGUACAUGCCACUAAAGUCUUCUCCUAAACCAAGAUGCUAAUGGGUAAUGUGUACUUUAAGAAUUUGCCGAAAAUUACUAAUUAUACUAUAAUUCUCUAACCAGUGUUUGGUGGUAUAUUUUGAAUAAUUUCUACUCCAUAAUUUUUAAAGAGGCAAAGAACUGCAGCAUUUUUCUCUUCUGUCACAGUAUAUAAAUUUUGUUUCACAGAAAUUCUACUUUUUUAAAGAAAGCUAGUUGUUUUAAGGGACAUGUCUGCUUUUACAACUCACUACACAUGAAUUCUGACUGAAUCGGGGUGCUUCAAGCUAAGUUUUCUGUUUACUACAGGCACUCCGUAAGAUAACAGCGACACUGUGCCACAAAAAUACUCAUGGGUCUUUUUUAAUUUUUUUAAAUUUAAAUUAAAAAAGCACCAUCCCAUGUUUUGCCAAUAAACGAAGGUCAGAAUCGGCAGUUAUUUCUCUGCUUGCCAUUUUCUUACCGGUAACCAGAAAGCCUAUAGUGGUUGACGUGAGUUUAAGGGUCCUCUACCAGUGAAGAUGUAAAGUGUCUUUAUGCAAAAACAUCCCUUGAGUUUGCUCCCUCAAGAUAUCCUGAGAUAUACUGAGUUUAGCAAUUCCCUAAUCUUCAAUGCUAUGGGAAUUGAAUAGCUUUUUCAUUUGGGACUUUAUUUGGCCCAAACCAGCCAGGGAAUUGGUUAUUAUUUUUUUUAAUUUAACCAAUGGCUCUUCUUUCAAGUUAUGUCAUUUGACAUCUUAAUAAAACAAAAAAAAAUUGAGGGGAGCAUCUUCUCAGCUAUAUUUUCACUUCAGGCUUUGCAAAGCAAAAAUAAGAGCAUGUAAAUACCAAACGAUCAUACCAAUUUAAAAAAAUGAUUUUUAAGGCAGUGAGUGGAAAAUAUUUGUAAAUAUAAAUGUAGCCUUUAAGCGUAAGUAAAGCCUUAUUGGGAAACUGUGAUCUUUAAAAAUAAAUGCGUGGAGGGCCCCUGCCCCGUUUUUUGUUGGUUUAGCGACUGCUGGUCGUCCAGUUUAAGAAGUACUGGCAGGCCAGCGAAGGGUGUAGCAUAGAGCUCCAGAUCUGCUCCAUGGAAGCUAGUUCUCUAUCCUUUUCUUCAAGUUUUGUUGCCUCAUGAUUGUCCAUCCAGUUGACCGGCCUGCAUCUUGAGUUAAUCUUCGUAUAAUCGAUUACUUUGCUAAUCUGUUAGAAGAACAAUAUUUCUGGGAGCGAAAGCACACCUGACCUUUGUAUUGUACCUGUUGGUUUUCACUAAGCUUGUCCUCUCUCUUUUUUCGAUCGAACAAAAUUCCUGAAACGAAACAGCAGAAUCUGACUUGGCCGGUGCCUGGUGAACAUCUUUUGCGUUACUCAUCUUCCUCCUAGAUUGUCUUCUCUUGUCAGGGAUGAAUUCUUUCGGAAGUUUAAAAAUGAUUCGAAACUGGCAGGAGUGAACGGUGUGCCUGAUGUGCCAGAUUUUUAUUGUGACAUAUUCAGCGUCUUUAUUUUGAUUUUCCAGAUGCUAACUUGGUUUGAAAGCAAAAAUCCCCUAUCAGGUGUUCCUUUCAAUUGGCUUAGAAUCGCAUCCUAGGGCGUUCAAUUCAGAGCCCAGGCACUCGCUCAAGGAUUCCACCCUGGGACAAAAGUUGCCUCAACCAUGUUUAUUUUUCAGACUGUGGUGGAAGUGGUCUUCAGUGGUUCCUACAACUGGGGUAGUAAAAAUGAUUCGUUUAUUUUUUUUUAAUGGCCUUUUGUAUUGACUGUAAGUAUGUUUAAAGGGAAAGGUGAUAUUUAUCAUCCGCUUUAAUUAGAUAUGGAAAUACCAACGAGCAGUUCUCCUGCUGGCUCAGUGCUGCUGUAAGAAAUCACCCGGAUCGCGAACCGGGAGAGAGGUGACCCAUUUGGUGGAAGAACUAAUUCCGUGAGCCGGGCAGGGUGGAGGCGAGAUGCAGAGCCUCGGUUUGAAGGGCCUCUCGAGAAGCGGGGUAACUUCUUGUUUCGGCUAGACGGGCGCUGUCAUUUCGGGGAGCUUUUGGCCGGUCUUCCCAGGGACCCCAGAGUAUGGUUCUGGAAGCCCAUCUGGGGAGUUUGGUUCUCGUUAUGCCCACCCCUCCCCGUCCCCUCCCAGUGAAAAUGUAGUAUAUUGUAUAAAAGGAAAAUAACAUUGUAGUUAAUGUAGAGGCCCUGUAAAUAGAAACUGAAAGAAGGGUAAAAACAAGCAGUAGGAAUACACUGUUGUUAUAUACCAGAAGUGUAGAGUAAUCUUUUAAAAUGUAAUACACUAAAUGUAUUUUGUACAGCAUCUGGUUUAAAAGGUGCCUUAUUAAGUUUACCAUGAAUCGCUUUGUUCUGUACACAGAUUAUGUCCAAUGUAUCAUUUUUAAGUAAAUAACCUUAUUUUAGUAUA